AGGAAAUAUAUACACAUGUGCUCUGCUGACCAUGCUGUUCGAUGGCAGCUGUUGAUCGCGCGUUGUCUCCGCCUCUUUGUUACGAUAUACAACAAUCAUAUCCGUGUUUUUGUUUGCUAGUUGUGACGCUAGUCAAUGAUUGAUCGAUCGUUGUCCGAGGAAAAAGCCUCGUUUCCAUGUGCUUUAGUUCAUUUUUAACCAUUUUUCUCUUUCUCCCUCGUCUUUCCUCAUCCUGCUGCUACUCUCGCCUGUGUCGUGUGUCGUCGGCAGUAUAUCUGCCACGCUGUUGGAUUACGCAUGGGGGUGUUAUUUUUUCCAUGUUAGACAUGAGAUGUAUGUCUAGCACUCUUUCCCCUCCUAUUCCCGUGAUUAUCCCCUCGGUGAAGCGAAAUUUAUCUCUGAAUCAUAAAUCUUAGUUCCGCGCGAUUUUGUUCGCGAGAUCUAAUUAAACUUUAAAACGGAAAAAACUGGUGAUCGCCUGUACAAAUAUUAUAUUUUUAUGGGUUUACUUGAAAAUUCGGGCAAAUUUGUUACAUUUACGAGCAGAAAAUACUUGUCAUUGUAUCAAGGAGCAGCAACCUGUGCGCACUAGUCGAGAGCAAAAUAAGAAUGGAAGGAGGAAUAAUGGAAAGUCCCGAGACUACUUUGACGAAUUCUGAAUACGAAGACGAUGCUGCACUCCAGGGAUGCUGCAGUCCCAAAAAACGACCGUACAGAUGGCUCGGGCUUGCUCUCAUGUGUUUUCUCGGUUUCGGAUCAUAUUUUUGUUACGACAAUCCUGCUGCUCUUCAGGACAACUUCAAACGAGACCUAGGUCUCUCAACCAGAAAUUUUGUUCUUCUCUACUCAAUCUACUCAUGGCCGAAUGUGAUAUUUUGUUUCAUCGGUGGAUUUUUAUUGGAUAGUGUAUUCGGAAUACGUUUAGGAACCAUGAUUUACAUGGCACUAACGAUGAUAGGUCAAUUAAUUUUUGCUACCGGAGCUACUCUCAAUGCUUUUUGGCUCAUGAUGCUCGGCAGACUUGUUUUCGGAAUUGGAGCGGAAUCAUUGGCAGUAUCGCAGAAUAGCUGGGCUGUAUUAUGGUUCAAGGGGAAAGAACUGAACAUGGUAUUUGGCUUACAGCUGAGUUUUGCUCGAGUCGGUUCGACAGUGAAUUUUCUAAUAAUGGAGCCAAUUUAUAAUUACGUCGCUACCACGUAUAGUGGACCAGAUUGCAUUGGCAUUGUUCUAUUCAUCGCAUCUCUGGCUUGUGUGUUUUCUAUGCUGUGCACAACGGCUCUUACUCUCAUGGAUAAAAGGGCAGAGAGAUUAUUGAAACGAGGGCACGGUGAAGAAGCGGAAAUUGUGCGCCUCAGCGACGUUAAAGAUUUCAAAGCUGUUUUUUGGCUAAUCACUGUCAUUUGCAUAGCUUAUUAUAUGGCUAUUUUUCCAUUCAUUGCUCUGGGAAAAGUAUUCUUCAUGAAGAAAUACAACUUUGAUGCGGCCUCUGCGAAUACAAUAAAUUCAUUGAUUUUUACAAUUUCGGCAUUCGCAUCUCCGAUCCUGGGCUUCGUGGUCGAUAAAACCGGAAGAAAUGUUUUCUGGGUUUUCAUCAGUAUUUCCGGAACAAUAGUCGCCCACGGGCUAUUGGCAUUUUCUUAUGCAAACCCUCAUAUAUGUAUGAUUUUAUUGGGAUUAGGAUACUCUAUGUUGGCCAGCAGUUUGUGGCCUCUGAUCGCUCUCGUUACACCUGAAUAUCAACUCGGCACAGCUUACGGAAUAGCUCAGGCGGUUCAGAACCUCGGACUCGCGGUCGUUUCCAUUUUAGCGGGCAUGAUAGUCGAUGCCGGCGGUUAUUUGAUGCUCGAAUUGUUUUUCCUCGGAUGGCUCUGGAUUUCGUUGAUCACGAUUGUCAUUAUUUGGAUAUCGGAUACAGCGACGACCGGCGGUUAUUUGAACAUGACACCCGGCGAGCGUGAAAAGUACGAAGCGCUUGUGCCGAGUCAGGAAUCCCUCGAGAGAGAAAAACUUCUCUCGAAUGAAUCGACGUCGGAUCUUUCAGCGGACGAUCUUUUACAGCCGCAAUCGGAUACACGAUUCAGGAAUCGGUAUUUGUCACGAAUCGGAGUCGAGCCACCGGCUCAAGUAAAAGGUCCGGUGUACCGACCAUUGCGAUGAUAAAACAACGUUAGUCUCAAAUUUUUCCAUUUCUUAUCCGUGUAAGUGUACAAAAGCCAAAACGGAAUUACCUUCAAAAACAAAAAAAUAUAUAUGUGUAUAUAAAAAAUAUAUAUGUGUGUAUGUUCGAGGGAGAAAAGCAUAGAAAAAAAUAUAGCUCACUGUGUCUUCCGGUCGCUCAGCGUUGAUCUGUGAUAAGUUUGUAAACUCUUACGAAGCAUAAACGAAAGCAUAACAAUAUCAAGAUGAAAUAAUAAAAGAAACACAAUCACCGAAUAUAAAUACUGUAAAUUCGACUCUGGACCAAAUUCUUUGAGUUUUCAGCACUUGAGUUUUCAGUCAAAGAUUUUAUUUAGUCGAAAGGUACUUCUCGUUGAAAGGUCAACAGAACUCUGAGAAAUGUUAGAAAUUUACGUGAAUGCAAUUCGUAACAUAUUACGAAACAUCGUCGUUAUCUGACUUUGAAUUAUUGUUUUUAUAAUAUGAUUAUUGAUUAAUCGAACACGAACAUAAUACUAUAAUAAUGACGAGAAUAAAUAUAUUUGAAUGUACAGUUCCAACCAUAAA